AUGUUUGAGAUAAUAAUCUUGAUAGGUCCUGGGACAGAGCUGUUUCCAAUAGUGAAUGAGAAGUUUUCAAAGGCAUGCCUCCCAAUCAUGAAUAGCCCAAUGAUUCUACAUACAAUGGAGUGCCUAAAGAGCGUCUCAAAAAGGUUUUUUGUGGUUGGGCUGAAUGAGGAAAAGGAAGAUCUCAUGAGUGCUUUGGGAGAAGAUAUCGAUGUACCGGUAGAAUAUGUGGGGAUCGACACAUACGAUGGAACAGUUGCGUCUCUCUUAAGUUUAUAUCCAAGGAUAACAUCUAAUGAUGUUCUUGUGUGCAAAGGAGAUAUUGUAACCAACAUGGACAUUCAGGCAAUGGCAUUUCACUACUUCGACAGUAAGAAAGCACUCAUGGUGAUUCUAGGAAAUGCUGUAUCAGAAACAUCUAUUCUAGGAUACAAAGGGGACGACUUGAUGUUUUAUUCAAACGACUGUAACGAAGAGAUUCCCUUCCAUCUAUUGAAGAAGGGUCUAACUCUUACGAAAGAUCUUGACAUCCUCCAGUUCUACAUGCUCAAGACUUCGCUGUUCAAGAUGUUCAAGCCGGAUUAUUUCAGCUUUAAGCAUGAUCUUCUUCCAAAUGUUGUGAAGAACCUGGCCUUGACAAAUCCUGUUGGAAUUCAUAGGCCUGGGAAGAGUUACAUCUAUCAGAUAAGAAGCAUAAGUAAUUAUUUAAGCGUAAACGCUCUGCUCAAAAGACAUUCAAUUAGUACCGAUAAGAAACUUAAAACAAGCGAAUCAAAUGCCAAAUUCAUAAAAGACUAUGUGAAGAAGUAUAACCUCAAGGACCUAAGUAAUGUGAUUGACAACAACACAAAGACAGGAAAUGUGCUUCUUCUUGACUCGAUAAUUGGAAGGGAUUGUGAUAUCGGGGAAGAGUCAAAAAUAAUAUCAUCAAUUGUAAUGUCCAGUGUCUCGAUUGGACAUGGAUCACACAUUGAAGGCUCUAUAAUUGGAAUGGGAGCCACAAUCCUUCCUGGGAGUGUGCUUAUAAACUGCAAGGUGUCUCCUGGAUACACAUUUACAGAGGUUGUUAAUGCAGAUACUCGAUCCUUCAGUAAAUAA